GCUGAGCUCCUCUCUUCUCUGGGACGUGAGUUGUGUGGCGGUGUAGUCCCGUGUGAACGGAGCCUCCUCCGGGGGCUGUGAGACUUAGUCCGGGUGUACUGAGCUCGGCUACAGACAUGGCUUUCGCUAACUUUCGCCGCAUUUUGCGGUUCACUGGGGACAAGAGGAAGCUGCGGGAGUACGAGCACGUCCGGAGAGACCUGGACCCCAACCUGGUGUGGGAGAUAGUGGGCGAGCUGGGGGAUGGAGCGUUCGGCAAGGUGUACAAGGCCAAGAACAGGGAGACUGGUGUCUUAGCAGCUGCCAAAGUUAUAGACACAAAGAAUGAGGAGGAGCUGGAAGACUACAUGGUUGAAAUAGACAUUUUGGCCACCUGUAACCACCCUAACAUUGUCCAUCUGCUCGGGGCAUUUUAUUAUGAAAACCAACUUUGGAUCAUGAUUGAGUUUUGUCAAGGAGGAGCUGUAGACGCCAUCAUGCUAGAGCUGGAUCGUGGAUUGACAGAACCUCAAAUCCAAGCCAUCUGUAAGCAGAUGUUAGAAGCAUUAUCCUACCUCCACAGCAUGAAGAUCAUCCAUCGAGACUUGAAAGCAGGAAAUGUGCUGCUAACACAAGAUGGGGAUAUCAAGCUAGCGGAUUUUGGUGUUUCUGCAAAAAAUGUGAAGACACUACAGAGAAGGGAUUCCUUCAUCGGAACUCCAUACUGGAUGGCCCCUGAGGUGGUGAUGUGUGAGACUAUGAAAGAUGCUCCAUACGAUUACAAAGCAGACAUCUGGUCCUUAGGAAUAACGCUGAUUGAAAUGGCUCAGAUUGAACCCCCACACCAUGAACUUAAUCCCAUGCGUGUCCUCUUGAAAAUCGCCAAGUCCGAGCCACCCACGCUCGCUGCCCCUUCAAAGUGGUCUCUGGAGUUCCGGGACUUCCUGAAAAAAGCCCUUGAUAAGAACUCUGAAACAAGGCCAAGCGCAGCACAGCUCCUGGAGCACCCAUUUGUAAACAAAGACCUCAAAAAACGUGUUUUGCGGGAUCUUGUGGCAGAAGCAAAAGCUGAAGUUUUGGAUGAAAUAGAAGAAAAUGGAGAAAUAGAGGAAGAAGAGCCUCCAGAUUCAGUUUCUCCACCAGCAAAGAACGGGCAGUACUCCUCUGAUGUGGAAAAAGACAAGCGCCCAGUUAGCAAUGGAAUAAAGCCUCUUGCAGAACAUUCGAAGGACCAAAGCCCAGACAGCACCAUAAGCAGCAAAGCUGACAGCAGAAGUUCUUCAGAGAAUAUUCAUGUACAGAAUAUUCACAGUGUAGAAGAUGCAAAGCCUGACAUUAUUAUUAUCAACCCAUUGAUUGAAGUAGAUAGGAGCCACUCUGCAGCUGAAAAUACUAGCCAAGACGGGAAUAAAGACCACAUAUCCGUUACACCCAACAGUCACAAGCCAAGGAACAGCCAAUAUGAACGUCUUUCUACUGAGCUAAUGCAUAAUGGAAGCAUCAACUCUCCCUCUCGUUUCUUCGGUAGCUGGUCCAAAAGGGACUCCGACUCCGGCAGUAAUUCUGCUUCAGACAGUGUGGAUCUCAGCAUGAACCUGUCCGCUGAUCUUUCCAUUAACAAAGAAACUGGUUCAAUAUCUGUCAGGGAUUCUCGACUUCACAGCAAAACACUGAAGCGUACCAGGCGAUAUGUAGUUGAUGGUGUUGAAGUGAGCAUUACAACCUCCAAGAUUAUUGGGGACGAUGAUAAAAAAGAUGAAGAGAUGCGCUUUUUGAGGCGCCAAGAACUACGUGAAUUGAGGCUCUUGCAGAAAGAGGUGCACAGGAACCAGGCCCAGCUGAAUGCAAAACAUGUCUUACAGUUGGAGCAGAUGACGCGUCGCUUUGAGCAGGAAAUGAACUCAAAGAAAAAGUACUAUGAUACAGAACUUGAAAUGCUAGAACGCCAACAGAAGCAGCAGAUUGAGCACAUGGAACAAAUGCAUGCCGUGCGCAGGAGAGAUGAGACAAAGCGAAUUCGCACAGAGCAAGAAAAGGAAUAUAACAGAUUCCUUGAGCAGCUCAAGUUACGAAAGAAAGAGGUAAAGGCUGAAGUGGAAAAGCUUCCAAGACAACAACGGAGAGAAACCAUGAGGCUAAAAAUGGAUGACUUUGCACAGAGGAAACAGUCAGAGGAGCAACAAUUCCUGAAUAAGCAGAAAGAAGCCAUGGCUCUGGCCAUGAGUGCCAUCACCCUAGAGAACAAGAAGGAGAUUUACAGCAAAGAGAGGGAAUUCCUGAACAAGAAACAACAACUUCUUAGAGACAGGGAAGCCUGCAUUUGGGACUUGGAGGAGCGCCAUCUACAGGAGAGACACCAGCUCAAUAAGCAACAGCUGAAAGACCAGUACUUUUUACAGAGGCAUGAAUUGCUUAGAAAGCAUGACAAGGAGAAAGAACAGAUGCAGAGGUACAACCAGCGCAUGAUGGAGCAGCUUCGAUUACGGCAACAGCAGGAAAGGGCUCGACUACCAAAAGUGCAGAGAAGUGAAGGAAAGACCAGGAUGGCCAUGUACAAGAAAAGCCUUCAUAUCAGUUCUAGUUCUAGUGCUGCUGAGCAGAGAGAGAAAAUUAAGCAGUUCUCUAUGCAAGAGGAGAGGAGACAGAAAGCAGAGAGAGCACAACAGCAACAGAAACACGAGCACCACCUACUGGAAAUGCAGGCUCAGUGCGACAGCAAUGCAAGGGAGCUGCAGCAGUUACAGAAUGAGAAGUGUCACCUUCUAGUGGAGCAUGAGACCCAGAAAUUGAAGGCGGUUGAUGACUCGCACAUUCAUAUGCUGAGAGACUGGAGAGAUAAGCUAAGACCUCGUAAAAAGGCACUGGAGGAUGACUUGGAGCAGAAGAAGCAGGAACAGGAAAUGUUUUUCCGCAUGAGUGAAGUAGAAGUAGGACAAUAUGGAUCAAUCCAGAAACCUGCCAGGUUUUUUGCCUACAGUUCAGCUGAAGCUUCAUAAAGUUUUGUUUAACUAAAGAGAACAAUACAGACUGUAAAGUUCACCUGCAGACAAAGCUGGAGAAAGAUUUCCAACAACUUAACCAACUACUCCUAUUGGUGGUCCCAGCAUAUCUGUAAAGACAGGUGUAAGUUAUCUGGAGGACAUUAUAAAAUCUGAGGAUCCUGUAAACCAUAGGAAGAAGUCAGUGUUUAUUAUUGUACAUAUAAAGUUUUACUUGUGUCCUAAAAGGCCAAAAAACGUUACACCCUAUGUAGGGUUGGUUUCAGGGACAAACCAUUGUUUGGCUCUGUGUGCAUAGUCUUUCUAAACAAAAAACAAAAAAAAUCCAAUGUGCUUCCAUUUAAAAAAAAUAUAUGAAAAUCAAACUGUAUACAUACUGUCAAUUUAUUCCUCAUCCAUUGCUUGUAUCUUCACCUAGAUGAUCUGUUUACCACAGUGCUAACUUUUGUGUCACUUCAUAGUGUGUACAUCACUCAUAUACCAACCAUCAUUACAGAUUCUUCUUUUUUUGUAUCUGCAGCACUUUUGUCUACAUGGUAAACUCUCCAUGUAAUCUUACAUGCCAAAAAAUAGAACAGAAAUCUUUUAAGAGACUCUUACUUUUCCAAUCAGUGCAAACUAUUCCCCAUAGGCCUCUGCCUCCCCAUAGCUCAGAGCGUAGGAUCAUAACCCCUGUGUAAGUUCCGUGUCGGAGCUUCCACAUGGUUAACUUCCUCCUCCUGGACAUGUUCAGGCCUGGUGAGUGGCAACUUAGGACCGGGCACUGCAUCUUGGGAUAAGGAUCAGGGGGGAGGUGUUUCUUACAAGAGAACCCAUCACUUUGCCCUACAAGGUUAAGUUAGUUAACUGACUCUCGUUAAGUUCAGAGAAGCCCUGUAGUUUAAAUGCAGGCCAGAAUAUAAUCUGCAGUAUUUAUAUUUGGAGUUUCAAAUCUUUUAUGUGGUUUAUUGUAGAAGAAGAAAUGAAUAACCCAAAGAAAUCAGAUUUCAGUUCACUUCAAGUUUUGUCAUUGAAAAUGGAAUCCAGUCUUAAUGCUAUGGGUUAUUGCUUUAUUCCCUAUCAUAUCUAUUUUAUUUAAUUAAAGCAUGACAAGGGACCAAGUGAAAAAUAUUUUCUUUAGCCAUCUACCCAAUUAAUGUGCCUUCUAGAUAUUCGCAUAAGGGUUUAAUAUAUUUCAUAGCUUUGUUUAGUGCAUUAUUGCUGGUUGAAAUGUAGCAGACUGCUGGCCAGUCAUUGGUGAAGGUCAAGUUAAAGAAGUGAGGGAGAUCACUUAUAACAUAUGGAGUAAUGGAUCAGUAUAAAUCUUGUAUUUUGCAAGAGCUGACUGUUUAUUUACCAUGACGGUACAAAAAGUGAAUAUCGUCUAUGAUGUGGCAUCCCAGAGCAACCAGAUCAGAUGACAGUUUGACAGGCUAGUGAUAGAGCAAUGCUGAUAGGUUUCUCUGUUACCACUCUUAACACACCGCUCUUUGCCUUAUUAAAUAUGCCUAAGGAAUUUAGCAAGAUGAUAGUAAUAACAUGGUAUACUACUUUGCUUUCUAAUCAUUUUUACACCCAAUAUAUUUGACAUUAUGUAGCCAGAGACUAGCUCAGUUCAUGUGAAAAAUGUGUAUUCCCCGAUAGGGAUAGAAGCUAUUGACUGCAGCUGGGAACAGUUUGAGUCCUGCAUGAUGUGAAUAAAGCCAAAAAUCCAUAACAACUAAAAAAAAAAAAAAGAAGCCCACUUUGCUAAUUGCUGCUAACUCCUGGAAUGCUGUGUUUCGGUUUAUUUCAAUUCUGGACCUGUAUUGUAGAAAAAUAAAAUUCUCUCGAUACUGGAAAGUAAUUUUCAUUUAAACGGCAAAUUCUGCAUGAAACUUGAAUGCAGUUAAAAUUAUUUUCAGAAGAGUUUUCAGCUGGGGCAAAAACACUGUGCAAUGUAUAUAAGAGAAUCUAAUAAAGUAACCAGAGAAUAAAUGUAAA